GUCUACGGUAUCAAUCACCCAAAUGAAAUAGUCCUAGUCACUGUGGAAGGCGUGCACAUCAAUUACCAGUGUUCAACAUGACAGAUCCAAGAAUAACAUCUGUAAAAGACCUGGUAGAACUGUGUCCUGACUUCCCAAAGCCUGGAAUAACAUUUCAGAACUUAUUUCCAGUGCUUAGAAAUCCUACUGUUUUCAAGGGGCUAAUAGAUGUUCUCGCUGAAGACAUUAAGUCCAAAUAUCCUGCCGUUGAAGUCAUUGUUGGUCUUGACUCGAGGGGUUUUCUGUUUGGUCCAAUGAUUGCCCAGGAGUUAAAUAUUGCCUUUGUACCUGUAAGGAAGAAAGGAAAACUUCCCGGAGAGACGCUUUGUGUUGAAUACACUUUGGAAUAUGGAAAGGAUGCAUGUGAAAUACAGAAGAACUCGAUACAGCCGGGACAAAAAGUUGUAAUAGUUGAUGAUUUAUUGGCAACAGGAGGUACUAUGCGGGCAGCGUGUGAUCUGGUGGAUGCUGCAAAGGCGGACAUUCUUGCUUGUGUUGUUGUUAUUGAAUUGAAAGGUUUAAAAGGAAAAGAUAGACUUAAAUAUCCACUUCUAUCGUAUAUCGACUAGUUUUAUUCUAUGUCGUUACAGUUUUCACUCCAUGUUAGAACUAUCAGUAACGGAGCUCUCAACAUAAUGUGCAGCGGAAAUAGAAGUUGGAUUCCUUUGUCAAAUAUUGUGUAAAAUGUGGCAGUAAUCAAUCAUAUCCGAGAGCACACUUUUUUGUAUAUUAAACUACUAAUAGAGA